UACCUCUAUCAGCUUCAACGAUAGUGUCACGGAUACUAGAGUACGAUAGUAUAGUGUAAACUGUAGAACUAAUCAGCUGUUUGCCGUGUACAAACCUCCGUAUAACGUACGAGGUUGUUUCAAUGGCCAUUGAUCUUUCGAUGUGUUAUGGCUAGUUUCUUGAAUGGGAAGGCGGCGGACAAAAUGUGCAGGUGCAGCGAUAACGGCAGCAAUUUCUACAUUCAGAUAAAUGUGAUAUCCAACCUGAAAGUACGAAAGAAAUUCAACGCGAAUUCGUACGCAUGAAAGAGCUCUCUCAAUAUGAUACAACCCUUUAUAUCGAUAUCUUUGUUUAAAACCGCGUAUCAUCGCGAAGUUUAUCUAAAUGCAAUUGCAUUAAUAUUUCCAACCAAUAACUGUGUUCCACGUUACUACGUAUAUCGAAGAAAAUACGCAUCUGGAUAACUGAUAGAUUAUUGUCAGUAACGGAUUGAGCUACUGGUAACGUAAUUUUGAGGACAAACUAAUUGGAUCAUAAUAUCACGCUUGAUUUCAGUAGUUCUUGGCAUGUUGUUGGCACUUUAUUGAUCGAGGACGUGACAAGGUGAAUAACACCUGCUCAAGAUUACAGCCAAUUUUGCAAUUAACAAGCAGGUGUGGACUGACAAUCAUUCAGUCUAGCUUUGAACUUCCCGUUUUCACCUGAAAAUGUUUGGAAGCAAUUUUUCUAACUUCAAAACUUGCAGAUCUAGUGAAGACUCAACUUUUCAUUUUCAGAGUGAUUACAAUAACUUCCUUUUUGCUCUGAAAACAAAGAAACGGGGAGUUAAAAACAGGGCUGUUAAGCAGACACUUACAGCUGAUAUCUCCGUUCAGAACUAGCAAAAUGAGUGGUGCUGGGAAAGUAGUGGAAUUCGAUUCUCUGGCUGGAGAUAUCCAGGAAUUGAUUAAAGCAGGGGUGGACGCUCGUACCUACUCAUAUUCCCCUUAUAGUAAAUUUAAAGUUGGCGCGGCACUUCGGUGUGAAGAUGGUACAAUAUGUAAAGGUUGCAAUGUUGAAAAUACAGCAUAUCCUGUAUCUAUUUGUGCCGAGCGAACUGCAAUUAGUAAAGCGGUUUCAGAUGGUAAGAGGAAAUUUGUGGCACUUGCAGUAAUCGCUGACUUGGACGAUACUUUUGUAUCACCUUGUGGCGAAUGUCGGCAAUUUAUUAUUGAAUUUGGAGAUAUACCAAUUUAUUUAGCAAAAACAAGUCUGGGAACUGUAUUUGAAACUUCAGCUGCAAAUAUGUUACCACUCGCAUUCGCCAUCUUAAAUAAUUCUGAAAAAUAGUUUACCAAUUUAUUAUAAAAUUCCUUGAUAAUACUAUUUAGAAUUUGUUGAUUAUUUUUAAAUAUAAACUUCACAAUCCUUCUGUGAGAAUACAUGUGCAUAUGUAAUGUAAUAUGUUGAAAAGUAGUGGAAAGAAUCUAUUAGACUAUAUAUAGGGAAUAUUCUGGUCUUGUAAUUACUAAUAUUUACAUUUUAUCGAUAAUGUAUUGACUAAUGGCGUGACGAUUGUUAAUAAUGUAAUAAAAUGUGUAAAUUUUUACUAUGCCAUAA